AUGGUAGCUGUGGAUGUUAUGAAGAAUGGGUUUUUGGUAAUACCUUUUGCCUUGCCGUCGUGCGAAAAGUUAUUUGAAAGCAGUGGCGCGAUGCACUACAUGUUCGUUAAGAAACACCAGACUAAGAAUGCAUCGGAAUCGAAUUGUUUAUUUUUGGUUAACCUGCCGCUCUUAGCAAGCUUAGACUCCAUUAAAUCCAGUUUUGGAAGUAUAUGCUCACAAUAUGAUACAGUGGCGCAUAUACUACAACUGUUGUACCAUGAUGAGUUUGGGUUAAAUGAAAUUCAGCUAUCUGAAUUAACCUCCGACUUGGUUAGUUUAGAUAAUGCCGAGGAGAAGCGUUAUACUCCCAGGAAUACUGCUCUGCUGCAAUUUGUAGAUGAAUCGUCGUUAAACAAUUGUUGGGAUGCAUUAAGGCGAUACUCGCAUAAAGCUAAAAGUUUGAUCCAAUGGGAAUUCCCUCAUCCAUCGGUGUCCACUUUUACAAACUUUUACAAACCUUUAGAUAUUGAAUACCUAAAGAAUGAUAUUCAUGAGCAUAUGCAACUCUUCGAGCAACGGGAGGCGCUUGCCCAAGAUGAGGUGCAAUCUACGAUUGUGGAUGAGGAUGGUUUCACGCUUGUAGUGGGGAAGAACACAAAAUCGCUCAACUCAAUACGUAGAAAACUUUUGCAUGGUAAUCCGCUAUUUAAGCAUGUUGCCAAGGCCAAGCCGCCAAAUAUGAUAACAAAAAAUGCCAAGCAAGAUUUCUAUAGAUUCCAAAUGCGUGAAAAGAAAAAGCAGGAGGUUAAUGAAUUAUUAAAGAAGUUUAAGGAAGAUCAAGAAAGGAUUAAGGUUAUGAAGGCGAAGAAGAAGUUUAAUCCGUAUACUUGA